CGCGCUACUUGGUUUCAGUUAAUUCAGUUGAGUUCUGAGUCGCAGCGCGGGAAAUCGGCGAAAACGUAUCAAGUGCUUGUGAAUGAUACUAUAACAUAAACAAAUGCAUAACAUAAAUAGUAAAUAUUAAUUGGACAGUGAAUUUGUGCCGUUUCCUGUGUUUUGUUAAUUAAUUAUUUUAAUUAAAUCGUACUUGAGGAUUAAGAUCUAGUGAAAUGCCAUUAUCAAAAACGGACACGCCAGAAAAAUAUACUGCAGGAUAUGAAAAAAUCAUUCCAGAAGCGGACGAAACUAAAAGCAGUUGUACAUGUGACAGUAUCGAGAAAGUUGCUGAAUCCGGGAUAGAUGAUGAGACGAAUCCUCUAACCGAAAAAAUAUCUAGUCAACCAGAAAUAGUGAUACCACCAGACGGAGGUUGGGGAUGGGUUGUAGUAUUAUCUUCCUUUAUGUGUAACUUAAUCGUGGAUGGUACAAUAUUUUCCUUCGGUACGUUCCUAGAACAAAUUUCUGACGAGUUUGACGUGACCAAAGCGGAAGUGACCCUCGUAGGGUCGUUAAUGUCGGGAUUUUAUUUAAUCGCUGGGCCAUUUGUAAGUGCCAUAGCGAACAGAUAUGGAUUUAGAUUGGUCACUUUAUUUGGUGCAGUCUUUAGUGCCGCUGCUUUUGCCAUUUCCAGUUUUGCCACAAGUGUUCCGUUCUUAUGCGUAACGUAUGGAGUUUUAGGAGGUAUUGGCUUUGGUUUUAUUUACGCACCGUCUAUUAUUAUCUUAGGAUUUUAUUUUGAACGAUGGAGAGGUCUAGCGACUGGAAUAGCGGUGUGUGGAUCCGGAAUAGGCACUUUCGUUUAUGCUCCAAUGACUGAAAUUUUAAUAAACAAAUUUGGAUGGAGGUAUGCCUUAUUAUGCCAUGCAGCGUUAGUCUUAAGUUGUGUCAUUUAUGGAUCAUUAUACAGACCAUUAAAAUCAGUCAAAGUAGACGCUCCAGAUGCAGAAGAAGAAACUGCGUACAAAGUGCCGUUGGCUGCUCAAAUAAAAAUGGAAGCGGCCAUGAAAAUGCUAAAAAGAGACAGUAUAGGAUCAAUAGAUCACCAAUCAUCCAUUCCAAGAUUAUUAGGAGUAAACAAUAAUUCUGUUUAUCCGAGAGUAUCAGACGUUUAUCACACCAUUUGUGUUCCGAACGGCAACAUUACAUCCCGGGCUUCUGUGGAAAACAAGAUGUCCUGGAUUAGAGAGAGAAGUAAGACUGAAGGAAAGUUGCAACUUUCGCAACUGCACAAGUUCAAAAGAGCGCGAUUUGAAAAUAGCCAUGAAAUAGUUAGACCGCUUUACAGAGAUGAUAUAUUUUUCACUGGGAGCUUAGCACGUCUUCCUCAAUAUAUGUCAAAAACCUCUGUAGCAUAUAACUUAUCAGUUACUCGGGCACCUACAAAGAAUGAUAUAGAAGAAGAAACUACGAGGCAAUGUAAAAUCUGUCCCGAGGCAUUUAGAAGAGCUUUGGCUACCAUGUUGGAUCUUAGUCUGUUCAAAUCACCAUCAUUUAUUGUUCUAGCUAUUGGAGGAUUCUUUACUAUGAUGGGAUUCUUCGUUCCUUAUAUGUUUUUAGUAGAUAGAGCAAGACACGAAGGUUACAGUAAGAUGACAGCUGUAUGGCUGGUUUCCACUAUUGGUAUAGCAAAUACGAUUGGAAGAGUUGUAUAUGGAUUGAUAAGUUCUCUUCCUAGGACAAAUGCACUUACUAUUAUUAAUAUUGCAUUAACAGUUGGUGGACUGGCUACAAUACUAAGUGGUCUUUCUAUGUCAACAGAAUACCAGUUUGCCUACACUGUUGUCUUUGGACUGGCUAUAUCAAGCUUCGCAUCUAUCAGAUCGAUAGUGGUAGUAGAUCUUCUUGGAUUAGAAAAACUAACAAACGCCUUUGGACUUCUUUUACUGUUCCAAGGUGUAGCUGCCAUCAUCGGCGCCCCUCUGGCCGGUGCUUUUAUGAACGCUACGGGAAGUUAUAAUUAUUGUUUCUACAUGUCUGGAGGAGUACUUCUGUUUUCAGCUGUAAUAUGUUAUCCAUUAAAUUGGAUAAAUGCUUGGGAAAAACGGAAAAUUGCUGAAAAUAAAACUCCCAUCGUAUUAGUUUAAAAUAUUUAUUUAUUUUUUUAUUUUUUAAGAUUUUCUAUUUAAAAAAAAUGAGAUUCUCCUGGAUAAUUUAUUUGAUAAUGUAUCUCGAAUAACAGUAGUUGAAUUUCAAGGGUCUUUUUGUACGUGAAUUAUAAAAAGCUUUAAUAAUUAUUUAAGUCACAUAAUAUGGAAAAUAUGUUAUUAGCAUAGGUUCCUCUCACUUGUACUAAAAAGAGAAAGAGAAUAUUUAUAGUUACAUUGUUCAUUUCUUUUUUGGAAUUUUACGUACUACUUGAAAUGAAUUUAUACAAAAAUGGUGACCUAAAUAUAACGUUGAUGCAAGUAUUUUUAUGUACCUAACUAAAAAAAAAGUAUUUUGUAUGUACAUUUACAAAUGUAUCGCAAUAAUUUCCUCAAAACGAAAUAAAAGUAUUAUAAAGUUGUUUUUAUAUUAUAUAUAAUAAAAAUAUAAAUUAUUUAAACAUA